GCACAGGUGGGCGGGGCCUAGCGGCGCAGCCUGACGGCGGCGGGAGCCUGCAGUAGCUUUCUCGCGGCGGUGGCCCACGCGGCUCGGGAGCUCAGCGGGGCAACAUGGCGGACGCGGAAGUCCUUAUUUUGCCGAAGAAACAUAAGAAGAAAAAGGAGCGGAAAUCAUUACCAGAGGAGGCUGUGGCGGAAAUACAACAUGCUGAAGAAUUUCUCAUCAAACCUGAAUCCAAAGUGGCUCAGUUGGACACAUCUCAGUGGCCCCUGUUGCUAAAGAAUUUUGAUAAGCUAAAUGUAAGGACAACACAUUACACACCUCUUCCUUGUGGUUCAAAUCCUCUGAAGAGGGAGAUUGGGGACUACAUCAGGACAGGUUUUAUUAACCUUGACAAGCCCUCCAACCCCUCUUCCCAUGAGGUGGUAGCCUGGAUCCGGCGAAUACUUCGGGUCGAGAAGACGGGACACAGUGGAACCCUGGAUCCCAAGGUGACUGGUUGUUUAAUAGUGUGCAUCGAACGAGCCACUCGCUUGGUGAAAUCACAGCAGAGCGCAGGCAAAGAGUAUGUGGGGAUUGUCCGGCUGCACAAUGCUAUUGAAGGGGGGACUCAGCUUUCCAGGGCCCUAGAAACCCUGACAGGUGCCUUAUUCCAACGACCCCCACUUAUUGCUGCAGUAAAGAGGCAACUCCGAGUCAGAACCAUCUACGAGAGCAAAAUGAUUGAGUAUGACUCCGAAAGACGAUUAGGAAUCUUCUGGGUGAGUUGUGAGGCUGGCACUUAUAUUCGGACGUUGUGUGUUCACCUUGGUUUGUUGUUGGGAGUUGGUGGUCAGAUGCAGGAACUCCGGAGGGUUCGUUCUGGAGUCAUGAGUGAAAAGGACCACAUGGUGACGAUGCAUGACGUGCUUGAUGCCCAGUGGCUGUAUGACAACCACAAGGAUGAGAGUUACCUGCGGCGAGUUGUUUACCCUUUGGAAAAGCUGUUGACGUCUCAUAAACGGCUGGUCAUGAAAGACAGUGCAGUGAAUGCCAUCUGCUACGGGGCAAAGAUCAUGCUUCCAGGUGUCCUGCGCUAUGAGGACGGCAUUGAGGUCAAUCAAGAGAUUGUGGUCAUCACCACCAAAGGGGAGGCCAUCUGCAUGGCAAUUGCUUUGAUGACCACAGCAGUGAUCUCCACCUGUGACCACGGCAUUGUAGCCAAGAUCAAGAGAGUUAUCAUGGAGAGAGACACUUACCCUCGGAAGUGGGGUUUAGGGCCGAAAGCGAGUCAGAAGAAGCUGAUGAUCAAGCAGGGCCUUUUGGACAAGCACGGCAAACCAACCGAUAGCACGCCUGCCACCUGGACGCAAGAGUACGUCGACUACAGCGAUUCUGCCAAGAAAGAUGUGCCAGCCAAAGUGGUCAAAGCCACGCCGGUAGUUGCUGAGGUGGUAAAAACCCCAAAGCGGAAGCGAGAGAGCGAGAGUGAGGACACGUCCCCGGUGGCUCCACAGGCAGUCAAGAAGGAAAAGAAGAAGAAAAAGAAGGAGAAGGCCAAAGCUGCUGUGGAGAGUACGGAGGAGCCUGGAACUGGGGAUAGUGACAGCACCAAGAAGAAGAAGAAGAAAAAGAAAAUCAAAGCGGAAAUGGUCUCCGAGUAAGGGCGACAUGUGGCACAGUGUCCAGGUGGGAGGAGCCAUCAAAGCCUUAUUGUGAACCUGGAGCUCCGUUGGUCCUCAAGGGAGGGGACCCGAGGUCCCCAGAAAGGUGGAGAGGCCAGCAUGUGGGAGCAGCUCACAGAGCCCUCACCAACGCCCCCUGGCAUCGCUGCCCCAUCUCGUCCUGUUGUAAGGACCCUGGUGAAGGGAGCGGACUGGGCACUGUACACUGCUCCGCCCAGGAGACUCAGCACCUCCCAUGUAGACCCAGUGCCCACCCAUGGCUGUUUCCCGGGGCCAGCUGACCAUCUUGGGCCUCUCCCAGUUGGCUUCUCACUUCCCUCAUCUAACAAGUUUGUAAGCAAAAAAAGGCUGUUCCACAAAAUGUUCUAGAGCAAGUGAAAAAAGAAAAAUAGAACUGAACCAUGUUAUUGAGGGAAUAAUAUUUUUUUGCCAACGUGCUGAGGACAGCUGUCUAUUCUCGUGUCAAGAGUUCCCUCAGUCACCUGGAUUUCCUUUCCAGGUGGAGGCCUGGCUGAGGGCUCUGGCACGCUUGUCUUGUGCACUCUUUCCAUGCCCUCCCCUGUGUACACUUCACAGCUCGUACAUAUACACACCACCUCAGGCACCUGACUCCACCUGGCUAGUUGUGUUUGUGAGCUCAGCCCCCCCCCCAAAAAAAAAACCAUUCCUCCAGGCUUUGUUUUACCCCUCCGUUCCUUUCCCUGAUGGGAGAAGGUUGUAAUUUUUACUGAUUAAAUUUCCUUCUGGUUUUUUAAGUA